CCUGAUGCGAUGACGACGAGAGGAUUAUUGAUGAUGGAUGAUCAAACAGGUCAAGCAGCUAAAAUAAGACGAGCGAUGCUUGCGUGUCUGGGCACGGCUGCGGCUCAGCACCGCGUGUGCUUGUUUCUGGCUGCUGUCUCGGCCAAGCCUUCCUCUGUCAGCACUUGGUUAGCCGGUGCCGUUCUGCUGCGGAGUCCACAGGGCGCUGGGCGAUAGGGGCAUCCAUUUCACUGGCUGGCCGCUACCAAUGCUAGCUGCUUCCAGCGUAGCAAUUCGAUAUCCCCCCCUUCCACAGGUGAGGCACGACACGUCAUGGCCGGCAGCCAGGCCGCGUAUGCUCCCCACGGCCGCGCGCAAAUCCCUUCUUCAGCCGGUUGUUGCCACGUGAGCGUUGGGUUUCACGGGCUCGAUAUAAGCGGACGGGGGACCAGAAGCUCGUCAUCCUGUUGGGAAAUGUCGAGUGUCGGAGGAGGCUCAUCAUGGCUCGUGUCUGGCCGCUGUUUGUCUCCCUGCUGCUGGUGGUGGUGGUGUGGUGUGGCGUGCCGGUGAGCGGCGAUUUCGUCUCGACCGACUACGAGGGCUACAACGAGGGCGAGCUGGGCCAUCGGCCUCAUCUGGAAUUCCACUCGAGCAGCGAGUACGCGCCUGUGCUGCAGGCGACCAUCUGGGACCGCGAGGCGAUCGCCGACACGGGCUCGCACAUCUUCCUGCGCCAUGACGGCAACGCCAGCUCGCCGCUGGCGUCGCCGCUGGUGCUCGACGCGCACGACCUGAGCGCCGUGUACAUGAACCGCUCGUUCAAGAACGUGUUUGGCACCCGGGUGCAGGAGAACCACGGGCGCCGCUACCUCACCUUCUGGGAGGGCGAGAAGGGCGACGGCAUCGGCGACGGCUACGGGCUGGCCUUUGACGAGAACUACCGGCUGGCCUACAAGGUCUGGGCGCAGAACAUGCGCGUCCACAGCGACCUGCACGAGUUUGCCUUUACGGGCAACGGCACGGCGCUGGUGACGGGCGUCAACCGCCUCCAGGCCCAGCGCGGGGAUGUCCCCGGCUGGCGGGGGCCGCGGCGGUUUGAACUGCUCGACGCCGUCUUCCAGGAGAUCGAUCUCGAGAGCAACGAGGUGCUCUUCGACUGGCGCGCCAAGGACCACGUCAACCCGAUGGACUCGUACGAGCCGACGGGGCAUGGCUGGGAUACCUACCAUCUGAACAGUAUCGAAAAGACUCGAGCAGGCAACUACCUCAUCUCCAUGCGCCAUACGCACUCGCUGUACCUCAUCGACGGCCAAACAGGCGACAUCAUCUGGACCAUGGGCGGGCGCCGCAACGAGUUUGUCGAGCUGCCGCCGGCCGUCAACACCAGCACCGGCAGCGAGGGCAAGUAUGCGCCGCAAACCGUGCUGAGCAUGCGCUGGCAGCACCACGCGCGGUUUGUGCCCGGCACGGACGAGAAGCAGCUCACUCUGUUCGACAACCGCGUGCGCGAGACCACCCACGGCGAAUGCGACACCGAGUGCUCGCGCGGCAUCCACAUUGCCAUCGACGACAGCGUCUCGCCGCCAACCGUCCAGCUGCUGCGCGAGUUCUUCCACCCGGCGCACCUGCAGGCCCAGAGCCAGGGCAGCGUGCAGCCGCUGGCGCCCUCCCUCGCCGCCGACGGCCAGGUCGACCUGGGCAACGUGUUUAUCGGCUGGGGCCGCUGUCCGACCUUCACCGAGCACAAAUCCACCGGCGAGACCAUCAUGGACGUGCAGUUCUCUCCCUGGCACAGCGACGCCAUCCCGGACGCCCUCGACAACUACCGCGCCUACAAGAUGGACUGGCGCGGCGUUCCCUGGUGGGAUCCGGCCAUUGCGCCGCGCAAAACCCCCAAGGGCGAGCUGGUGGUCUACGUCAGCUGGAACGGAGCGACGGAGGUGGCGCAGUGGGUGGUCAGAGCAUCGUCGGAUGAGAUGGUGAAGAGACACGAGGAGGGAGAAGUCGUGGCGAGCUCUCCUCGCACCGGCUUCGAGACCAAACUGUCGAUCCCCACGGAUAAAACGGACGUGCAGUAUCUCUGGGCCGAAGCCGUGGAUAAACACGGCGCUGUCCUGCGGUCCACAGAGGUGAUCGAGCUGAACAUGACGGAAGUGUUGGUCGCCCACGACAUGUACAACCAAUUGGAUUCCUCAUUCGUUGCUCUUCCUCUAACAGACGAGGACGAAGACGGAGAAGGAGGCACUGAUUCAGUUGCAGAUACAGUCACAGAUACAGUCACAGAUACAGACACAGAUGCAGUCACAGAUACAGUGGCAGACACCGACACAGACACCAACACAGACAAAAAAGAAACCAUGUCAAACAAUACAUCCGUGCUGCUAGGCAUCGGCAUUGGACUGUUCAUCUGGGUGAUGAUCAUCGCGGCGUGGGUCAUCUGGCGGCGUCGACGAGAAUACAACCAGCUGGAAGCCGACGACUUUGAUCUAGGCGGGGAGAUGGGCCUCGAUGAAGAGGACGAGCGGGAUAGAUCUGAUGGAUCUGAUUUUGGGUCUGACUUUGUCGACGAUGACGAUGGCGGCAGUGUCGAUGGCCUGGAUGGACUGGAUGACCAUGCCAGGGCGGCACUUAUUCCAAAAGAAGUAUAAUCGAUGAACAUAUUUAAGAAUGAAUGAAACAAGA